AUUUCAUUUCAUUGACUUUUUGCAGCACCGUACAAGUAUAACAGGACCAUCUUCUUCUUCACUUUUCUUGCUUGAUAGAGUAAAUUAGACUCCUUGUCGGUUCUUCCUGUUUAGAAGUGAUUUCACAAUGUUGUUUUCCUUGCUAAUUGGACUGGUCCUUUUCCUUAUCUGGUUAAAGAUAUUCGACUGUGAUAUCACGUUGAUGGUGUACUCGAAAUUUGCUGACAAAAUUGGCAAAACUAAGCAGAGCCUAAAAGGGCAAGUGAUCUGGGUGACUGGCGCUUCCAGUGGUAUCGGUGAAGGUCUGGCUGUCGAGCUAGCGACAUAUGGAGCCAAACUGAUAUUGUCUGCAAGACGUGAGAAGGAACUGAAUCGCGUAAAGCAGGCAUGCUUGGCUGCCAAUGCCAGUAACAAGGAUGAGGAUGUGUUGGUGCUGCCUCUGGACAUACUGAACUACGACAGCCAUGCCGGUGCAGUCCAGUCUGUUCUCGAUCACUUUGGCAAGAUUGAUAUUCUGGUGAACAAUGCUGGGCGAUCACAGCGAGCGCUUGCCGAGUCCACUGAGAUUGCUGUGGACAAGCACUUGUUCGACCUGAAUGUCCUCGGCACCAUUUCCCUAACCAAGGCUGUCCUGCCACACAUGCUGGCACGCGAACAAGGGCAUGUGGCCUGCAUAAGCAGUGUCGCCGGCCUCAUCGGUACACCCAUUGCUGCAUCCUACGCCAUGUCCAAGCAUGCACUCCAGGGCUUCUUCAAGAGCAUGCGCAUGGAGGUGGUCGAUCGCAACGUAGCGGUAACCCUUGUCUGCCCGGGACCGGUUGUAUCGCAAGGUUCUGCCAAUGCUACGACUGGCUCCAUGAAUGAGGAGAUUGGUGCUCACAACGUAGAUGACCGUAAGAAAGUAUCCACUGCCCGGUGCUCCCACCUGGUUGCCGUGGCAUUGGCCAAUCAGCUCAGCGAGAUCUGGAUUUCGCGCAAUCCUAUCCUGUUCUUCACCUACAUUGGCCAAUAUCUGCCUGGCACAACAGCCAAGAUUGGCAACAUUGUUGGCCGUGCGCGUGUCAAGGCAUUCAAGUCUGGCGUGAAGGAUAUCAAUGCUGGCAUCUCAGCCAACCCUCUCAGUUACUUCCGGAAAUGAAUGAUCCCACCAGUUUGUACUUGGUUGUCUCAAUGUGUGUCUGUUGUGUUUGCAUGUCUGUCUGUCCAUUAGUCUGUCUCUAGAAGACCAGGUUAGCCUUACAGCGGCUUCUUUUGUUGUGGCUUCUUUUCUGCACAUCGAGUAACCGAUGUUUGUUGGAAGCGGUGCUUCGCUUUCGUUGGUAAUUAGACGCUGGGAAUUAGCGGUGACUUCGGCAAUAGCCGUAGAAAUUUUGACUGCUCCCUGGGUUGGACUGUGUAUGUCAGCUUCAAUCAUUUUUUAGCAACCCAAGACUCCGAUGAUUCGUGUUCUUUCUUUUCUAUUUCGUUCUUUCUUCCAUCGUCAGCCUUAGUUAGUCAGAGUAUUUUCUAUGUUGGUUGAUCGGAAUGCCACUUACUGAUUAUCCAUGUUCUCCCUUUAUCUUUUUUUAUCUUUUAGAAACAUUGAUGCGAAUGUCUUCUUUAUCUGCUGGCAGAUGGGUAGGACUUUGUGGCUUGCUGUUUUGUAUUGCGUGGCCGCUUUUACACUGCUAGCCCCUUUCCUUCAGAAGGAGAAGUUACAAGUUUUACUAAUUUUUAGUGAAGACUGAAAACUACAGACUACUAUGAAGAUUCGGGAAUUCCUACUCUGAAAGUGUAUAGCUGAAUUCACUGUA